CUAUAGUAAAGAAAAAAAAAAAGCCGGUAAUUACUAUUUUGGGACAGUUUUUUUGAUAAUAAAAAAAAUAUCAGGAGAUAUUCAUUACUAUUUACCACCAAAUGAAAGCCCAAUUUGUCCUGAAAAAAAGCGGUAUAAUCCACCCGGAUGUACGAAGUAGUUGUGAUGAUCUGUACGGUUUUACUAACAUAUGUCAACGUUGCAAAAUUGUGCUUAGGCAUUAAGGUCUGUUUUACUCUUAGGCAUGAAGGGGUUAA